AAGAACAAAAAAAAAAAAAGCUGUGUAUACCACCAAGAGACUACUUGUGAAAUAGAUUUACGCGAGACGGGAAGCUCCGUUUCAAAACCCUAGAGAUUCGCAGCUUUACCUCUCCUGAUACGCCUCUCGUCGUUUUUGGAUUCACCGGGGUGAAUCUCCGGUGACGGUCCCGGAAGUUAUAUAAUUUUCCAGCGUUCGAGAAAGAGAUUUCCAUCAUGUAUAGAGAGAGGGGAACGGCUGGAUCGAAGUCGGAGGUGGUCGAUCGGAAACGGAUAAACGAGGUUCACGAUAAUCGAGCCUCGCAUUCGAUGUCUCAGCCCGUCAAUGGAAAGGGCAAGGCAGCAUCCAACUCCGUCUUGAUAGGGAAGCAGCUGCAUGACCACAACAAUCGGGAUUCACGUUCUGCUUCUCUCUCCAAGACUACCAUUUCCGACGCUGUAGAUAUAUCAGAGACGGACAGCGAAGAAUCAGAGGUGAGUGGUUCUGAUGGAGAGGACACCUCGUGGAUAUCCUGGUUCUGCAACCUUCGUGGGAACGAGUUCUUCUGCGAAGUUGAUGAUGAUUACAUCCAGGAUGACUUUAACUUGUGUGGACUCAGCCAUCAAGUUCCCUACUACGAUUAUGCCCUUGAUUUGAUCCUGGAUGUUGAAUCUUCUCACGGUGAGAUGUUUACAGAGGAACAAAAUGAAUUGAUCGAGUCAGCAGCAGAGAUGCUAUAUGGAAUGAUUCAUGCUCGCUACAUAUUGACAAGCAAAGGGCUGGCUUCUAUGCUAGACAAAUACAAAAACUAUGACUUUGGAAGAUGCCCCAGAGUUUAUUGUUGUGGCCAACCUUGUUUACCGGUUGGUCAAUCUGACAUCCCUCGAGCAAGCACCGUAAAGAUAUAUUGCCCCAAAUGUGAAGACGUCUAUUACCCACGAUCGAAAUACCAAGGAAACAUAGAUGGAGCUUACUUUGGGACAACAUUUCCACAUCUGUUCCUGAUGACGUAUGGACAUCUGAAGCCACAAAAGGCAGCCCAAAGCUACGUUCCAAGAGUGUUUGGGUUCAAGUUACACAAGCCGUGAAGAAAAGAAGAAAGAAGAUUAUAUCCCCAUAAACCGGAUUCAAGAGCAUCACGGCUUUUGAGAAAGCUGGAGACGUGUAAACAAAACAAAGCAAAGCAAAAAAGAAGGCAUAUUUGUAUCACGAGGAUGAAACUAGUUAAUCUCUCUCUCAUUUUGUGUUGUGUCCUUAGGGUUUAGAAUACAUUUAGCAGCAUGGAUUGGUGAAGUAAAAAUCCCAUAUUAAGAACUGUAAUACUUUCCUUAUUGUUUUCUUUCUAAAUUCUUUUUUCCCAUUA